AUGUCUUUUGAAUCAUUAAAUUAUAAUGAUUGUUGUUUAUUGAUUAAUAUUGAUUUAAAUCCUCAACGAAUUCGUCUAUUACUUGAACGUCGUUUUAAAAGUAAUUCAAAUAAAACAAGUUUUGAUUUUAAAUCAAUUUCUCCUGAACAACCAUCGAAUAAUAUUAAAGUUUCACGUUCAUUUUUGCGUUGUCAACCAAAAAUAAAUUAUACAGACGAUUCAGAUGAAUAUGUAUCAUCGGAUUCGGAUUCUUCCGAAGAAGAUGAAAAAGACAUAGAAGAUACAUCACCAAGGAACGAUGAUUAUUACAAAGAAUUAGCGGAAUGGGAUCCAAAUAAUUUUCAACCUAGUAUUGCAACUGAUGACGACAAUGAUGAUGAUGAUGAAGAUGAAAUUGAAAAUAAUAUGCAAUCAAUUACUAUAGAAAAUGAUGAAGACGAUGACGAAAUAGAUCAAAUGGAAACUUCAGCAGGUUUAAAUACUUCUACUGAAGAUCUUGUCGUCACAUUUAGUCAUCGACCUAUGAAAAGCGAACCAGUACCUUACGAAGAUUAUGAUGAUGUUUUUUGUAAUAUACCACAAUUAGAUGGUCAUGUAGAUCGUUUACCUAGUGAAGGAAAUCGAAAGAAUCCCGACAAACGUUUAGACGAAGUAAUAACUAAAAUUUACGAACGAACUCCUGAACCAAGAAAAGCAAUUCAGAUAUAUGCAGUUCCGACAGCAGCAAGUAAAUUUCAUUUAAAAAAUGAUAAUCAAAAGAAAUCAAUAAAUCGAGCUCAAAGAAAAUCAUUUUCAAGUCCUGUUAAAAUCGAUCGAUCCAAAGGACAACUCAGCAGAGAUGGAAAACAAUCAAAAAAACCAGUACCUCAAUUAUUAAAUGCAGUAAUGAAAAGUAAUGUAGAUGCUAUUCGUGAAUCAGACACACGAUUAUCAUUGAAUCAAACAAAACCUCCAAUACCUUCUCGACUGUUUUCAAGUAGUGGUUUGCCGUCGAAAACGAAUAAACAACAAGAUCAAAGAAAACUAAUAUCACAGCAACAAACAAAAUCUUCUUUGGUACCUCAACAAAAAAAAGUUCUACAAAAUCAGCCAAUUAACCUAUCACAGCCGAAAGGAAAACCUGCAUUACAACAUAUGAAAAUGGCUCAAAAAAAACUAAAUCAUUUUCAGGGAACACAACAAUCAAAAUCAUCAGCGGCAACAUCAUUACCAUCAUCAUCAUCGUUAUUAUUUAAUAAAUCAAAAUCAACAGACAAUAAUAAAAAUCAAUCGAAACCAUCUAAAGCAAUAGAUCCACUUGUUCGAAGAUCUUUGUCAACAUCAGUAACUCCAAAUUUGAAUGAUCAUAAUAUAAAACUAAAAAAAAUACCAAAGAAAGUUAAACGUUUAAAUACUGAACAAUCGAAUGUUACAAUCAAUAAUUCAUCACGACCGCCAGACAAUGCAUUGCCAUACAAUAAAAAACAGAAGACAACUGAAGACAAUACAACCAAAAAUCAAUUAAUCAGUCAUCCAUCGGUACCAUUAACUACCAUGACGAGUAUGACGAGUACCAAAACUACAACUGGUAAACGACCAGCUGAUUUCUUCGAUGGAUGUAUUCUCAUCGAUGAUGAUGAUGAAAAACAAGAUAAAGAUAAUAAUACUGAAGAUGAUGAUAUACAAGAAAUUGAACGACAACAGUAUUCCAUUGCUUAUAAUAUACGUGCUCGUCAAAAAGAUCUUGAUCAUAUUGUUCAUUCAUCAAAUAUGCAUUGUAAAUGGUUAUUCAAUCUUGAAUAUCUUCUUCUUGAUCAUAUACAGAUAUGCCAUGAUAAUAAUCUUCGUCCAUCGAAUAAAAUAUAUGAACAUUCUACUGUAAUUAAAUCUGAAGAUACAUCUAAUACAUCUAUUUACCAUAUUGAACCAUCAUUUAUAUCAAUAAUCAUAAUAAAUUUUAUUAAAGUAUUUCUUCUACGAAAUUCAUUUGAUGAUGAACAAGAAUUUUCAUUUGUACAAUUUGGUAUAACAUCACAUUUACGUUAUUUAUUAAUUGAAUUACCAACAUAUAUUCAUAAUGAAGAAAAAGAUUUAAAUGAUGAUUGUUCAAAAUGUCAUCAAUAUUCAUUAAUAAUAAAUAUAUUAUUUGAUUUAUUAUUUGAUUUAAUUGAAUAUGAUUUAUGUGGAAAUAUUCGAAAAGCGAAAUAUCGUUCAUCAUUAAUUGAAGAUGAUUAUUUUACAAGAUUUCUUCAAUCAAAAAUAACAAAAAAAAAUCCAUUCUAUCGUAUUAAAUUAAUAAUUUAUUUCAUUGAAGUCAUUGGUAUGCAUAUGAAUAAAUGUCCAAAGAAAAAACAUUUUCAAUUUAAUCAAAAUGAAGGGAAAUUAAUUCAUUCAAUUCAAACUUUUAUUCGACAUAUUAUGUCGAAUACAAAUAAUUUAAUCAAUGAACGAAUUUCCGUAUGUUUCAAUGUGAUGGAAUUAUGUCUUUUAUUUGUUAAUGAAAAACAAACUCUGAUAAAACAGAUGUCGUUAUUUUUAGCAGAAUUAUGUCAAACUAAUUCCACUUAUUUGAAUUUAUUUCUUUUUGAUGAAAAUUUAUUUGUGGAUAUUCGUUUAUUAUUAAUUAAUGAAUUGAUAGGGAACAAAUUUCAUAUAAAAUUUAAAUCAGUUACUCAUAUUAAUACAUUUUUUCAACAGAUUCAAGAUCUUCUAAAUCCAAAAAAGAAUAAAUUUGUCAAAUUUUUUGAUCCUGUCAAAUUAUUACGUACUGAAGUUGUUGAAUUAACUGGUUUAACUAAUCGUAUGUUAAUGGAUUAUGCACCGUUUAAUCGUGAAACAGUAAUUGCGAUGGAAGCAUUUUUAAGUGAUCUUCAAAAACCAAUGUGUUUUGUUGCUCAUAAUGGAAAUUUAUUUGAUUUUCCAAUUUUACUCAAUGAAAUUCGAUCUGCACUUUCUGGUCCUAGAUUUUGUGUUGAUAAUAAUAAUGAAUGUAAUGGUGAAUUAACUACAACUGAUAAUAUUUCAUCUCCUACAAAAGAUGCGUCUAUACAAACAAUAUCGUCAAGUAAUGAUCAUAAUCAAACAUCAUUAUUAUCUAUUGAUUGUGCUGAUUCACUUGUUUUCUUUCGUCAAAUAUAUCGAUUACUUAAUGAUAAAGAUGCUGUUCAGUAUCCAAAUGAAAACAUUCCAUCACAAUCUCCAAUUACAUCUAAUCAAAAUGAAUGUAAUAACAACGGAACAGUUGAUCCUAUUGACUCAAAUUUAACUCCAACCAUAUCUGUGAAUAAUAAUAAUACUAAUCAUUCAUCUUCUCAUCCUGGAUAUGUUGAAAUACCUAUCAAAUAUAUUCCUUCACAAGAUCCGGCACGACAACAAUUAUCAAUGAAACUUGUUAAAAUCUAUGAACGAGAAUUUAAUGAAAAUUCAUCGCAUUUAAGAUCUCAUCGAGCUGAAGAUGAUUGUUUGAUGCUUUUAGCUAUUUUAAAUCGUUAUCUACCCGAUUGGCUUGAAUGGAUAGAUUUAAAUCAUCAACCAUUAAAUCAUUUUUCUUCUUUACCAUUAACAACUACAACAACUGCAACAAGAAAACCUUUACCAAAAACUAAUGUACAUACAAAAAGACCAUUGAAAUUUUAA